GCCGGGUUGAUAGUGGGAAGUGCUCGUACGCCGGUGUCUCCCUGGUUGCGCAAGACGCCAUUUUGGAGUGACAGUGAAAGAUAACGGAAAGAUCGAGAAGCUGUCUUUCUAAAGCUUCGUCACCAUGGGGAAUGUAUUUGCAAGCUUAUUCAAGGGCCUGUUUGGCAAAAAAGAGAUGAGGAUUCUCAUGGUCGGGCUCGAUGCUGCUGGAAAAACAACCAUCCUAUAUAAACUGAAGCUAGGAGAGAUAGUCACCACCAUUCCCACCAUUGGUUUUAAUGUUGAAACUGUAGAAUACAAGAACAUCAGCUUCACAGUGUGGGAUGUGGGCGGUCAGGACAAGAUCAGGCCGCUGUGGCGCCACUACUUUCAGAAUACUCAAGGGCUUAUCUUUGUGGUGGACAGCAACGACAGGGAGAGAGUGAACGAGGCGAGGGAGGAGCUGUCCAGAAUGCUCGCUGAGGACGAACUCAGAGACGCUGUGCUGCUCGUUUUUGCAAAUAAACAGGAUCUCCCUAACGCUAUGAAUGCUGCAGAGAUCACAGACAAGUUGGGUUUGCACGCCCUCCGCCAGCGCAGCUGGUACAUUCAGGCCACCUGCGCCACCAGCGGGGAUGGCUUGUACGAGGGCCUGGACUGGCUCUCCAACCAGCUGAAGAACCAGAAAUGAUCCAUUCCACCAGUUUUGAUUUUUGUUUGUUGUUUAUUUUUUCUGUUUCAACACAGCGGCAGCACCGGAUCCAGGCCCCUUCGCUCCCAUCUAACCCAAGUUUCGACCCCAGCUCUUUCUUUCAAGAACUUCCUUCACCCCCCCUCGCUUUCUCCCCUCGUCCCUCGUCAGUGGGGCUCUAGCCUGUGCUGCUUGUGUGUGCGUGUGGGCGUGCGUGCGUGUGUGUGUACCUUGUGUGUUCAGCGAGUGUGUGUGGGUGUGAAGGCGUCUCUGUGUAUGUUGGCUGGGAUUGGGAGUAACCCUGGCGUGCCUUUUACACACCUCCUGUGGAAUCAGCAGUCUGGUUUUCAAGCCCCUUUCUCCAUCCACCAAACUCAGCCUCUGCCCCACUCAGCCUACCCCCACUCUCAGUCUUGCACGGCCCCCUUCUCCCCACCCUUACUCUCCAGAGGAAGCAUGGUUUUCAUACGGCAAAGAAAGAGCAAGGGUGCAAGCUCUCCUCCCCCCUCCCUGUAGUAUAUAUCUAUGUUAACUAGAAAUGUUCACCCAAGGUAGACUGAAUGCUAGAUGUUCAUUUUAACCUUUUGAUUUUGAAACCUCAACCCACCAGUAAGAGAUUCAGUAAAUUGCAUCUUAACCUGUAUCAGGUCGCAAAUCAAAAAACAGAAAAAGUAAAAAAAAAAAAAAAAAAAACUCCCAUCCUCGAUCAUUCUGGUGUCAUUUGAAAAUCAUGCUGUUUGUUUUAUUAUUAUUAUUAUAUUGGAAUAUAACAGAUUAUUCUUAGCAAUGGUUCUCCAAUGAACACUACCUUUCUCCCCCCACUAAGCAAGACCGUGAAGCACAAGGCAAGCCAACAAUCUAAAAAACAAAAUCUACUUUAAAAUUCGAAUCUGCGAGUAUAUGCAAUUCUUGUCUUUUCAAAUUCUUUUGAAUUCCUUGGAUUAAAUUGGAUUUUUGAGAUGACCACCAGUGUGAUUAAUCAUUCUGACAGCGCUCCUACUUCAUGUGGGACAACUACAAGGUGUUGGGCAUUUCACAAACUUCAGCCGGUUAACUGAGACAGGUGUCCUGAUACAUUCACGAGCUUCACAUGUUAUUCCUUUAAGAGAUGUUACAUGUGUUUUUUUUUCUGUAACUAGUUUUAGCAUUUCUAUUUGUACUAUGACUGCUGAACCAAAUGCAUUUGAGCAGUAUGACAAAUCCUGUAUAUGAAAGUAGUGUAUCCUCGAGGGCCUAAACUGUAUGAGUUUGACUGACGAGGCUUUUCUCACCAACGGUUGGCAGUUUUACUUUGAAAUCCGAAAGCAUCCGGCUGUCCACAAUGUUCCUGGUUGGGAUGAAGGAUUGGCACCAAAUAUGAAGGCUCUCUUUAACUGUGAACGGUCCAGACAUGGAGAAAGGAAAACUAGUUCGAGUGUCUGGGUGUUUACAGGCUCCUACUUCUUAUUAUAGCGCUGCAUUCUUCACGACUAAAAGACCAACACAACACGUACUCUGUCAGUGGCUCGUCAGUGAGCUGGAAGGACUUGGUGGUAGACCUGUUGAGGGGAAUGGGUGUGCAGUUAGCUGGUCCUGAGAUUCAGCAGGCGUCCUCAGUGUUGAACCAUGGGGGUUAAGCUGGCACUUCUGUCAAGAAUGAUUGUAAAUCUGUAAGUUCCCCUGUAAACUGUUUCUGUGGGGAUUUCCUGAACACAUUAAUAAACAUGAUUUGAUCCAA